AUGUCUAAAGAUCUGCCUUGUGAACUGAAGCUGCGUAAAGCUGCUAGUAUUGUCGAGGGCAAUGAGUCGAUGGAUAGUUAUACUGCCAAUGGCAAUCCUGCAGUGAUGCCAUCCAUCCAGUUGGAUGGUCCCGGUUCUAGUCGUUUGCAUAUUUUUCAUGAUCCACAGCAACAACCGGGUAAUUCAAGCCUCAAGUCUGCUCCUCCUCCUCCUCCUCCUCCUUCUCCUGGUCAGCUGCCUGAAUUACAUCGAAAAUACACUGCUCGACCUACACUGGGUCGUCAAAUCACUCGAGGUCCAACUUUUUACGGCGGAAGCAUUAAAAGAAGUAGUUUUGAAGAUGACAGUGACGACGACAGUGACGAUGACAACAAACAUUCCAAUACCCAAGACAACGAUCCUGGAAACCCCAAUAUAGAUGAUGAAUUCGAUGAAUUGGAUGAAUUGGACGAUAAUGGAGAGUUUGAAGAAGAGUCUUUAAACUGUCUUUGGUUUAGAGAUUUACCUACUAUUGCUCGUUACUUGAUCUUGGUUGUUUUUGGUUCCAUCGUGAUCCUUGGACCCGCUGUGUAUCUGAUCCUCAAAGACAAGACUCUACUUCCCAAUCUGACUGAUAUUAAAAUGAGCGAGUUGGAAAGACUUGGACAACUCCUGGCUUUGGCGCAGCUGGUGCGAUUUCUGCUGUGGCUGGCAGUAGCAUGGAAUCUUUUUAUCGCAAUUUGGUUUUUUGUCGGCCAACUUCCCUAUCUCAUUGAACGUCUAUUUAAAUGGAUUUAUGGCGAUUGCAGUGAACAAGUGCGAUCCAAUCUGGACUAUAUCCCAUCAUUGCGCUUUGUCAUUCACUUUGCCAUUCUCUCCGUCUUUUCUGUUGCUUCCUAUGCGGUGUUGUUCAAACAAAUGUACGAGGUUUACUACUGGAUGGCUGUAUUUCAAGUACUAUGCAUGCUCAUGGUGUUUUCCAUACUGUUACUGGCCCAGCGUUUAUCUGUACAGUCUAUUGCAGUCAAUUUUCAUCAUGUCGCCUACUCUGAUCGUGUUGCGCAACUCAAGAAAUACAUUCGUGUAUUGGACAAACUGCGCAAAAGUAUCAAGGGCAUUGGUUUGACAGAUAUCUUUGAUUUAGACAAGAUUGCUGGGAGUACAGGAAAAAAUGCUGAUAAAUUCAAGCACAACACUUUUGAAGCUACAGACUCGCAAAAUACAUCCCCAGAACGUACCACCGACUCUGAUCAUCAGUCCAAUUCAAGUCAUAAGCACAACCUUGACCGAUUUGGCAAACCAGAGCAUCAUCAAUUUAGAAGUGAUUCUCAAUCUACUCAAAGUCAUAGUCACUAUAAUGGAUCCAGCCAUAAAUCUCCUCAUUUGAACGGAGCUUCAGCUGGCCAAAGCCAUAUAGUUUCUGUCAGUUCUGGUAACCAGUUUAAUCAAAUGUUUGUCAAGGAAGAUUUUGAUGAAAUCAACAUGCUUCCACUUCAAAACUUGCAGUAUGUAGAAAAAAAACAUAAUGCACGAACCCAUCAUGGCAACGUAAGUCAUGCUCAUUUAGAGUCGAGCAAUGAAGAAUACAAUCAGCAGGACAAAAUCAUGCCAGUCAGUGGUUUAAUGUCGAAUCAGAGCGAUAGGUUUAGAUUAGAUGGUUACAUGAAUCACGAGCCAAGCGCAUUGCCUGCCCACAUGUCAUCCAAAUCAAAUGGGAUUACUAUUUUAUCUCCUGAUUCAAACCACCCCGAUCUGCAGAAAACAAAUUACAAGUCUGUGGCCGUUUCAGAUCCAGAUCGUAUUUUACCACCACCCAAAACAGUGACUCGUUUGCAAAGUGUUUUUCGUAUCAAAGAUUCAAACCAGCCGGAGCAUUUGAAGCCCCCAUCAAAAAAUAAUGAUACCGAGUCAUCAUCAGACCUUUUAGGAACCAAACUAAAUCGUGGCAAAACCAUUGCCGAUUUCUUACAUUCCAUCACACGUAGCAAGUCACCCACCCUCCAUCAACGUUUGACAGAUGGUGGUUCUCCUUCUCAAAGGAAUGUUGGUUCAUUUGAUCGAAAAAUGUUGGGAUCUAUGCCAAAUUCCCGGUUCACUACGCUGACUUCAACUGCGAAACGACGUGGUCGAACAGAUUUACCGGAAAGCGAGCCUUCCCAGGGUAAACUUGCUGGUACAUCUAUGACUAUUGGUGGACAGAAAAACUAUAAUCGAUCAGAUAGUAUAGGCUUAAUGAGCGACAAGCACGCCAUCAAACUUGCACGCAAGCUUUUUGUUGCUCUAGGUGGAACAUUGCCUUCACAAGCAGUGAAUAAUCCCGACUGCAAAACAGCUUUAACUGUUGAUUGCUUUCGUCCUUAUUUUUCUAGUGAUACAGCAGCCAGAGAAGCAUUUGAUCUUUUUGAUGCCGACUUCAACAAAUCUCUGUCGCUUAAAGAAAUGAAACAGGCGAUCUUGCGAGUCUAUCGUGAGCGUCGUAACUUGUUUGGCUCGCUACACGAUCUAUCACAGGCUCUUGGCAGAUUAAAUCAAAUCUUGUAUGGGUUUAGCUUUCUCUUGGCUGCACUGUUUUCACUGCCCAUAUAUGGCAUUCCUCUUACAGCAGUUCUUCCCUUUACGUCUAUUCUUGUUGCGCUCAGUUUCAUUUUUGGUGGUGCGGCAAAAACCACAUUUGACUGCAUUGUGUUUUUAUUUGUCACGCAUCCAUAUGACACAGGGGAUCGAGUGAUUAUUGAUAAUGUUGGAUUCAAGGUCAUUGAAUUAAAUUUACUGACUACGGUUUUUGAAAACACGGAUGGCCGUACAGUCUAUGCACCCAAUUCUGUUUUGUCUCAAAAAAUGAUUCAUAAUAUUCGCAGAUCUGGUGACCAGUCGGAAAUGAUAGAGCUUCAGUUUAGCUUUGAUACACCUGAAGACGUUUUACGAGAAGUGCAUGCACGCAUGAUCCAGUUUGUAAAAUCCGAAUCACGCGAAUUUCUUCCUUCAUGCGAUAUGUUUAUUCACGAUUUCGAAAACACGAAUAGACUCAGGUGUAGUUUCAAUAUCAAGUACCGCGGAAAUUGGCAAGACCCAACCAAAAGAUGGUCACGACGCAACGCAUUCAUGUUUACUCUAAAACAUCAUCUGAAAGACCUUGAAGUGACUUACGCCAUGCCUCCUAUACCAUUGAAAAUGAUUGAUGAAAGCGAAUCUGUUUUUUUUAAAAACAUUAAAAAAAAUAUGUAGCUUGUGAUUUAA